UUGAUAUAAAACCAACGCUCAUCACUUUUUACGUUAUCUAUACAUAGCUAAAAUAAGCAGUAAGUAAGCUGCGCAGGACACGUUAUCGAACACAUUGGAAAUGACCAGAAGGUGGUCUUGAUUCCGGGCGUUCACAAAGUUGCGAAAGACGGCCUCAGAUCUCGACAUCGGUACAUCUUCCUCAAAGUCUACACUGGCCCAUCGACUACAUCUGUACUCUACACCUAAUGGUCACCAUCAGGGCUUCAUAUGAGAUCCAGCGCCGAAGCCCCGAGGACCAUCAUUAAAAUGUUAGAGAUGAAGGUCGAUGACCAGUAGCGCGUUUAUCCCGUGCUAAAUGCGCGGGUGUCAGAGCCGCGAGAGGAAGCCGCGAGAGGCGACCCACUCUUGAAUUCCGAGGUCGGAAGUCUCCGUUCCGAUGGCGAUCCACCUCAAGAAAUACAUCAUUUCAGCAUUCAACGUGUCAUAUCCCUUCAUCUCAAACCACAAUGUCGCAACCGUUAUUGUUAGAGGGCUUUCCCAAAGAUGCCCCCUCUGUACCAUCUAUAAAGCUCCGAUAUGCAGAUGUUGCUGUAACAGGAACUGUCAAAGAGUUCUCUGGUGUAUAUCGGGGCAAACAAUACCAUGAGGCCGACUUCGACGCAGUGCUAGAUCGCGCAUUGGCCGCAGGGGUAGAGAAAGUCAUGCUUACAGGCAUGUACGCUUCCGAUGCGCAACUCAAUCUCGCAAUGGCCCGGCAUCGACCAGAGCAAGUCAAGGUCACCAUGGGCGUGCAUCCGUACCAUGCCGUUGAAGCAGAUGAAGGUGGCGAGGAAUACUAUCAGGACCUGUCCCGCAGUAUUGCAACGACCCUCAAUGACGAAAAAGAUUCGCAUUUGUUGGCCGCUUUCGGGGAGCUCGGCUUAGACUACGACAAGUUGGGCGAAGCACCCAAGGACGUUCAGAUACGAGUGUUCAAGCGACAACUCGAUAUGAUCGUGAACGCAGGGUGGAAGUUGCCCCUGUUUCUCCACUGUCGCGCCGCGUUCGAUGAUUUCAUCUCCAUACUUGAACCAUAUAUGGACCGGCUGCCUUUACGAUCUGGCUUGGUUCACUCCUUUGUCGGAACUAAAGAGCAGAUGCAGAAACUGGUCGCGAUGGGCUUACAGGUUAGCGUCAACAACUUUGCCUUCCGAGACCGCGACAGCUUGGAAAUGAUCAGACAUUUACCACUACCCAACCUGCAGAUCGAGACAGACGCACCGUGGGGCGAUAUUCAAGCGUCUAGCGAAGUGGCUAAAGCGUAUCUGAAGAAUGCGUCCAAGUGGCCUUGGGGGAACAAGAAGAAGGACAAGUUUACUAGGGGCGAUAUGGUGAAAGAGAGGAAUGAGAGUUGCAAUAUGGAGAAGGUGGCUUUGGUUGUGGCUGGCAUCAAGGGCAUUGGUGUAGAGGAAGUUGCAGCGUGCGCGUGGAGUAACAGCAUGACUAUGUUCUUUGCGCGUGGCUGACGUGAGUGGAUUUGCCAAUUACGAACGCCGCGUGCAGACGGUCACGCUCGCCUUGUGACUGAUUCUUC